CUCCCUACACACACACACACACACACAUACACAUACACACAUACACAUACACACACAUAGAGCCCACUCCUUCGUCACGCACCGGGAAUCGGGAAUUCGUGGCACGUCUCCAAAAUAAUAAAAAAUGGGCUGGUAUUUCGCCUGUGCGUUUUCUAGCAGUGGAGUGAAUGACUGGGGCGGACUGCGAGUCUUGUUGGCAUGCUGAUAGCACCUCGGUUCACUGCAGUCCGUAAACAAGACCGUGUUAUUUAAACAGUUCAAAAAAGGGGAGAUCUGGCUUUGAGAGAGUCUUUUUGUUAAUGUUCCUUAUCCUGGGACUGGGAAGAAAUCCCACCUGUAAUCCUGUUAGAAGACUGAGAGACAUCAAGUUGCGGUCUUGUGAGCAGUGUUUUUGUUUAACUUCCCAAAAUCCAGGUGACUUCCAUGGGACUGCCCGCUGACUACCAGGAGUGCUUCAGACAGCGAGAUGUCCAGCAGCAGUAGGAUGAAACCUUUGAAACUAAAUAUCCUGGUGAACUGGUGAAGUUCCAGACCUGAUGCUUUCAGAGUCUUCCCUGUUCUCUGUUGGCAUCUCUGGGGAAGAUACCAAAGAAGCAGCAGGAAUGCUGAAGACUUCAGAAAAGUGAGCAAUGAGUCCUUCUGAAAGUUGAAGAGAAGCCCCCUUGUAGGGUCAUGAACCUAAGACAAGUAUUCGUGUCUGUACUGCUGUUUGGAGUAGCUGGUCUACUCCUCUUCAUGUAUCUGCAGGCUUGGAUUGAAGAACAACAUACAGAGUCUGGAAAAAAACUGCAACAAGAGACAAUUAAUCAGGAUUUCACACUCCAGCCUCUGGGGAUGCCAAGGAAAGCAGCGUGGAGGAGAAGUGCUCCUGCAGGCCUCAGUAACCAUGAGAUGGCUGUCUCAAGCAGCAGGCAGUGGCAGGGCAGGGCUGACCCUUUCAGUGUGGUAGCUGCCUCACUGGGGAGCCAACAUCCUGAGCAGCAGAAGAUGAGUGAGUCCCCUCUCAGCUGGUUCAGAGGGGUGUAUCUACCUCCUGCUCUGCACCCAUUAAACAAGACAUUUGUCAAGGGUGGUGAGUGGCAGGACACAGAUAGCACCCAGGAAAAGCGUGGGGCCUUCCUGCAGGAAUUCUGUAGGAAAUACAAUAGCAGAAAGAAGCUGCAAACCCACCUGGUGCACCUGGUGUCAAGAAUUUACGUGGAGGACAGGCACAAGGUUCUGUACUGUGAAGUGCCAAAAGCUGGCUGCUCCAACUGGAAAAGGGUCCUCAUGGUGCUCAGCGGACUUGCUGCUUCAGCAAACAACAUCUCCCAUGAUGAUGUGCACUAUGGAAAGCAUCUAAGGAAAUUGGACAGUUAUGACCUAAAAGGGAUCUACACACGCUUGAACACAUACACCAAGUUUAUAUUUGUACGUGAUCCCAUGGAAAGACUGGUAUCUGCCUUCAGGGAUAAGUUUGAACAUCCAAACAGCUAUUACCAUCCGGUAUUUGGAAAGGCAAUAAUUAAAAAGUAUAGACAUAAUGCAGAUGAAGAAGCAUUGAAAACAGGAUCAGGAGUUAAGUUCAAGGAGUUUAUCCAAUAUUUGCUAGAUUCCCACCGACCAGUAGGAAUGGACAUUCAUUGGGAGCAGGUCAGUAAGCUCUGCUAUCCCUGCCUCAUCAACUAUGAUUUCAUAGGAAAGUUUGAAACCCUGGAAGAAGAUGCCAAUUACUUUCUGCGGCUGGUAGGUGCUCCAGCCGAUCUGAAGUUCCCUAAAUUCAAAGACAGACAUUCAUCUGAUGAGAGAACAAGUACAGAAGUAGUGAGGCAAUAUUUAAAGGAAUUGUCUAAGGAGGAGAGACAGCUGACCUAUGACUUCUAUUACUUGGAUUACUUAAUGUUCAAUUAUACAUCACCACUUGUAUAGCACUAGAAUGGCUUCAGGCUUCUAUUAGAUAUUUAUCAUUUUGGGAUUCAAAACAACUACUUUGGUAUUAGCCCUGAAAGGAAAUGAAGUUACUGCUAAGUAGAGUUGUCUUGAAUUAGUGGGGAUUUUAUAAGCUAGAGUGAUAUCAAUUGGUAUUAAAUUAUGGAGAAUGCAAAGAAAAAAAAGACCUGUAAACAGCAUAAAUUGCACUAAAAUGCCUGAGAAAGCUGCUUUUACCAUUAUGGAUUAUACUACAGAAGCAGUAGCUCAGACAGCUGUUGCAUUAGCUUACCUAAUGUUCUUUUAAUGGUUUAAGAAAAAAAAUUCAGUGGCAUGAUUCUUUUUUUUUGGUGUGUUUGCUUUAGAAAUGGGUUUUGGAAAUAAUUUUGAAUGUAUUUUUACUUUCUGUCACUUAUUAAUAAAGAAUCGUUGGCUAAUUUUCUAAAA